AUGUCGUCGGACUCGAAUGAUGAGUAUUCUGACGUCGACUUUUGGGGAGGGGAGAGCCCACACUUACUAUCACACUCUCCAACCCGACGGCCCGAUGACGCCAUGCCAUUGGACGACGAGGAGACAGAAGAGGAAAGUGGGGAGGAUGAAGAUGAUGACAUGGUUGAUGAUGAUGAUGAUGAAGAUAAUGAUGACGGCGAGGAUGAAGAAGGGGAAGAGGGCACUGAACUCUCGCUGGAUCGGAUGGAGAUCUUUGGGCAUCGUAUUGUGCUCCUAGAGAUCGUAUAG